GCGAUGGACUCGGCGAUGCUCUCGCUCACCUGCGCGGGCCUCGGGGCCGCAGAGGAGGACGACGACGGGGGCGCCGUCGGCUACGUCAAGGGCGACCACUGCCUCGACAACCUGAAGGAUCUGCAGAGGCUGCUGCGGCGGGACGACCCGGAGCGGCGGGAGGUCUUCAAGCAGGUCUGCAAGUGGAGGAUCGCGUCCAGGGAUCUGGUGCCCAUCAUCGAGAACUACCAGUCCGACCGCAACCUCGUCAUCACGGCAGUGAAAGUGUUGGUAUUCCUUACCAUGCCUGUCGAUCCUUCAUCAGAGGAUGUUGCUCAGCAGAUAGAGUAUCUGUGGGAUUUGAAGGCUGCACUCACACGGAAUGUUGCAAUCGCAGUGAUUGUGUCUCUUCUUGAGGACCCAUUGGAUCAUUUGGAAAGAACUUCAUUCACGGAAGAUGACUGGAAGCUAGUACAGCUGGUGCUUACUUUAUUCCGCAACGUCUUGGCUAUUCAAGAAAUCACAUUGCCUCAGAAGGCAUCUGGGGAAGCUACCCAGUUAUUGUACCUGGCUGACAGCUUUUUAGAGCUCAUAUUUAAAGAAAAUAUGAUGGACCUGAUCUUAGUGCUAGCUCAACAUAUUGAUGAGCCCUCUGGUUAUCUCAAGCAUGAAAACCUUCUUUUGUUGGAAAUCUUUCAUUAUCUUUUCUUGGGUCGGGACCCAGAAUUGAUUGCCAAAGUUCGUCCAGAAGGCUCAAAGGAGCAGGUCAAUGGAGAUAUUGAUACAUCAGUUGAUUCAUUGAGAUUGAUGAUGGAGAAGGAAGAGAAGGAAAAAAGGAUGUUCAGGCAGAGAAACGCGGAGAAUCACGCACUCAACGGAAUUUUUACAUGCCUUGCAGUGGAUGGAUCUAAGUCAUUGUGCAAAGGGAACCCCAGCUCAGCAAUGUCAUCUGCAAAUAGCCUCCGGAAAAUACGUAAUGUCCAAAGAGGCCCUCAAAAAAGGAUAGCAUGGGAUAAUGAACUUCUUUACAUACCAAAGGAGGGUAUUAUGGAAAUGCUAAGAAGUUUCAUGGAUCAGUUUUUAUCUGGAGGAUAUAAUGUCCUGAUGCAGUCUGUUUGUGAUGAUAUUGUGAAGCAGCAUGAUUCUGUCGAGAAAUCUGAUAACAUUACAUUCUUCAAAGUUGUUUGCUUUGUCUUAGCUUUUCAACACGAGAAAGCAUCAAAUGCUCAGAAAUCAAGUGCUGGACCCCAGCUGUCUGAGACUUCACCAGGCAAUGAAUGUGAUGAUCUGCCGUUUUGUGGUGACAUAUGUGGACCUGUUGCAGCCACAUUAAACGAAGAUAUGUUCAAUAUAGUCUUGUCCAUGUGGCGUGAGGCCUAUGAAGACCUGAAGCAGACUAAGGAUUACAAAACUCUUUCAGCUGCUGGCUCCUUAAUGAAGAACAUGAUUGGCAUGAUAUAUUUGGUGGUGAAAGUUCAUCCUGAAGAUUCAAGGGAAUCUCAAACAGCCCGUGUUUUACUGUAUAAGCUGUUCUAUGAUCAGACAGAACAAGGCCUGACUCAGUUUCUCCUGAACUUGUUCAGAUCUUUUGAUACUCAUAAGCAACCAAAAAGCGCUCUUGCGGAUUUACUAGAAACAGUUCAUAUCAUGCUACAGCUGAUGGAGAAGCUUCAAGCACGUGGUGCUUUAAGGGUUGCGAAAAGGACAAGAAAGGGCAGAAAAAGGAAGACGUCAGAUGACAAACAUGAGAGUACCAAACCUGGAACAGAGAAUGUGGAGCAAAGCUACAUAGACCCAACAGAUGGGACUAAAGCCACAUCUGAUUCACUUCCAGAUUUGAGAAGUGAGGAUCCUCUAGCAGAACCUACUCUCGUAGAGCAAGGAAAAGUUGAUUCCGAUGGCACAGAUCUGCCAGAUACAAUUGUGGAUACGGCUGUUAAUCUGGAUAGCACCACACAGCUUGGAGGUGAUCCAUCUUCUGCAGGCAGUGGUGAAAAGGAAAGAAAUCCCAUUAAUGAAGAGGAAGAUACUUGUACCACACAGCUUGGAGGUGAUCCACCUUCUGCAGGCAGUGGUGAAAAGAAAAGAAAUCCCAUUAACGAAGAGGAAGAUACUUGUACCACACAGCUUGGAGGUGAUCCAUCUUCUGCAGGCAGUGCUGAAAAGAAAAGAAAUACCAUUAAUGAAGAGGAAGAUGUUUCAGAUUCUUCAAGUGAUGAUUGCCCCCCAGCUACAAGUGAAGUUGAUUUUAACGUAUCACGGUUAAUAUACAGCCUAGCCAACAAUUCUGUUGUUCAAAAUAUAUGCUGGUUGUUGAAGUACUAUAAGACUAACUCCUUCCGAACAAACCACUACAUCAUAUGCAUGCUGCGGAGAUUCUGUGAAGAUCUAGAUGUGUCACCAAUGCUAUAUCAGCUAUCGCUUCUGACUACUUUCUAUGAUAUAUUAGCUGAACAGAAGUCUUCGAGUUCAAAGGAGUAUGCAAAUAUUGUAAAUUUUCUUUCUAAAAUUGUAAGGAAGUUGGUGAGAGCAAUGAAAAAACAGCCACUGUUAUUUGUUGAUACACUCUUUUGGAAGACAAGAAAGGAAUGCCAUUGCAUUGAUGCUGAUUAUCUACUGAAUGAGUUCAAGGGAGAUGUUAACAAUAAGGGUGGUGAAGUUGGUUCAAGUAAGGGAUGGGGAGGUCCAGUAAAUAUAGCAGAUUCUCUUGGUGACGAUGAAGCUGACUAUGAUAUACCACAUGAACCAUAUGAUGGUGAUAAGAAUGGAGAUUCAUCGUCUGGUGAACGUGAAGGUGAUACUCAGAAGAGCAUGGGUCCCAGAGACAAAAGGAGCAUAUUACUGUCACUUUCAGACAGUGAAGCUGAGGAUAAUGAUAGGACUACUAUAUCUAGAGGCUCUCAGAAUAAAGAGGUCCCAAAGAGACGAGGGCGUUCCAUUUUUAAUGAAGAGCAAGAGAAGCUUAUAAGAGAUCUUCAUGAGAAUUAUAAGGAUGAUCGUAAAUGCAGUCAUCUAAUUGCUGAAGCUCUAGAUCCCAGUGGAAAGAUAUCGUCGGCUCAAAUUUCUCGAAAGCUUACACAGCUAGGUCUCAGGAGUGUCACUAGGAGGAAAAAAGUUUCAGAGGCAUCUCUUUCAGCCAAAGAUCUGGUUGCACAACCACAAAACGACGUGCUGGAUGAUCCGAAGCCAGAAAGUACCCGGCGCAGGAGGAAAAGGCUACAUCGGUUAAGCAGUAAGGACGACAACAACGAUAAUCGUCCAGUAUCAUCUGAUGAAGAAACAUUGCAAUCACUUAAGGGCAGAACCAAAAAUAAGGAGCUGCCCUCGGUGGACCUUGCACCGAGGAAAUCACAGCAUAAAGAGGCUUCGCAGGGCGAUUCUGAUGAUGAGACCAUAGGAUCUCUGCUUAGUAGAGGAAAGAAGAAAAGGUUAUUGAAAUCAGAUGUUUCAGAGAAUAAACAAGAACACCUAGAUUCUUCGAAGAACAUUGCUCCGGGGGUUCAGACUAUCGGUUCAAAUAUCAUAACCAAAAAUAAGGAGCUGCCAUCCGUGGAUCUUGCGCCGAGUAUAUCACAGCAUCAAGAGGCUUCGCAGGGCACAGAUUCUGAUGAUGCGACCAUAGGAUCUCUGCUUGGUAAAGGAAAGAAGAAAAGGUUAUCAACAUCAGAUAUUGCAGAGGAUAAACAAGAAGACCUAGAGUCUUCGAAGAACAUCGGUUCGGGCAUUGAGACUAUCGGUUCAAAUGCCAUAACCAAAAAUAAGGAGCUGCUGUCCGUGGAUCUUGUACCAAGUAUAUCACAGCAUCAAGAGACUUCACAGGGCACAGAUUCUGAUGAUGAGACCAUAGGAUCUCUGCUUAGUAGAGGAAAGAAGAAAAGGUUAUCAACGUCAGAUAUUACAGAGAAUAAACAAGAAAACCUAGAUUCUUCGAAGAACAUUGGUCUGGGUGUUGAGACUAUCGGUUCAAAUGCCAUAACCAAAAAUAAGGCGCUGCCGUCCGUGGAUCUUGUACCGAGUAUAUCACAGCAUCAAGAGACUUCGCAGGGCACAGAUUCUGAUGAUGAGACCAUAGGAUCUCUGCUUAGUAGAGGAAAGAAGAAAAGAUUAUCAACGUCAGAUAUUACAGGGAAUAAACAAGAAGACCUAGAUUCUUCGAAGAAUACUGAUCUGGGUGUUGAGAGUAUCGGUUCAAAUAUCAUACCCAAAGAUAAGGAGCUGGCCUCUGUGGAUCUUCCAUCGAGUAUGUCACAGCAUCAAGAGGCUUCGCAGGGCACAGAUUCUGAUGAUGAAACCAUAGGAUCUCUGCUUAGCAGAGGAAAGAAAAGAAGGUUAUCUACAUCAGAUGUUACAGAGAACAGACAAGAACACCAAGAUUCUUCGAAGAACAUUGUUCCGGACAAUGAGACUGUUGGUUCAAAUGUCAUGGACGCCCCUCUCCAUCCCGAGCUGAACUCAUCUAAUGAUAACGGUGGUGAUGCUGGUGAGGCUGAACUUCUGGAUGACUUGAGUGAGCCUGAGCUGGAUGGUCGUGAAGAUGCCGAGCAACGGAUCGUCGACGACAGAGACAUGCCUGAAUCUGGGGACAUGACAGGCUCUAAUGCCAGUCAGAAGGCUGGUUUGAAAAGAAGACUAAGAAUGGUGAUUGACGACGACGACGAGGAGUAGUUUACUUGAAAUUAUUUAGUGAAAAGUCGGACACUGCAGCUGUUUGGAGUAGAUGUUCUGCUACUGCUAUGGUGAGGAGACAUGUUUCUGAGUUGGGAGCUGGAAAUUGGCAGUAAGCAGAUGCAACCUGAGGUUGCCAGGCUCUUGUUUUUGUACAUGAUUUAUUUUCCAAGUUGGCCCUGGUGUUAGUUUUGGAUAGAGCCUGUUCGGCCAGUGUUGCCAUAUUUCCAAAUGUACUGUACUAGCCAAUCGUAUUAUGGCUCUAUGGGAACACAGUGCUCUGCUCUCUUUGUUUAACUUGCAUGAUUCAUUUUCUACGAUAAUGAAGAGUGCAUCUUGAUGUCGA